AAACCAUGUGACCGGAAGUGCGCACGCUUCUCCUCGUUCGCCAAUAUGUCCGCCUCCAACAAAGACACGUUUGCCGAGGACGCGGACGGCAUGGAGGAGCAGCAGGAGGACGAGGCCGUGAGCGACGACGACGACGACGACGAGGGAGUGGACAUGGAGGAGGACGGAGGAGAAGAUGGGGACGGAGACGGGGACAAGAAAGUGUACGUACCCGGAAUCGAGCCGCUGAAGCCGGGAGAGGAGCUGGAGAUGGACCAGUCUGCGUACCGCAUGUACCACGAGUGUCAAACAGGCGCACCAUGUUUGAGCUUCGACGUUGUGACAGACGCUGAUGGAGACGGCAGGAAAGAGUUCCCUCUAUCCAUGUUGUUGUGUGCGGGCACACAGGCUGACACAGCCAUGGCCAACAGACUGCUGGUCAUGCGCAUGCACAAUCUUCACGGAACAGAGAAAGAAAAGGAGGAAGAGGAGGAAAGCAGUGAUGAAGACAGUGAGGAGGAGGAGGAGGAGGAGGAUGAAGAAAAUAAAAAGCCGCAGAUGGAACUGGCCAUGAUGCCUCACUUUGGCGGCAUUAACAGAGUCAGAGUGACCCGGCAUGGAGACCAGUCUCUGGCUGCUGUCUGGUCCGAGAAGGGACAGGUGGAAAUAUUUGAUCUGCAACCUCAGCUGGAGGCCGUCCACAGUUCUGCGGCCAUGGCGACGUUCAUGCAGCAGCAGAAGGAAGCCGCAGCGCUCUUCAGCUUCUCAGGUCACAUGACUGAGGGCUUUGCCAUUGACUGGUCGCCCAUGGUACCUGGUCGUCUCGCCAGUGGCGACUGCAAGAAGAACAUCCACGUGUGGGAGCCACAGGAGGGUGGAGCCUCGUGGCGAAUCGAUCAGCGGCCUUUCAGCUCGCACAGCAAGUCUGUCGAGGACCUGCAGUGGUCACCUACUGAAACUACGGUUUUUGCGUCAUGCUCAGUAGAUCAGUCCAUCCGUGUUUGGGAUAUCCGCGCCCCGCCCACCUCCAUGCUGUCAGCCAAUAAAGCCCAUGAGUCAGACAUCAAUGUCAUCAGCUGGAACAGAACCGAACCGUUCCUCCUCUCGGGGGGGGACGAUGGGCUUCUCAAAGUGUGGGACCUCCGGCAGUUUAAGACCGGGCACCCCGUGGCCAACUUCAAACAGCACUGCGCCCCCAUCACUUCGGUGGAGUGGAACCCGGUGGACUCGAGCGUGUUCGCCGCAUCCGGCGCAGACGAUGUGGUCAGCCAGUGGGAUCUGUCAGUGGAGUCGUGUGACGUGGGCACCAGGGUGGCGGGCAUGAAAGACCUACCCCCGCAGCUGCUCUUCCUGCACCAGGGCCAGUCUGAGAUCAAGGAGAUCCACUGGCACCCGCAGAUUCCUGGCAUAAUGGUCUCCACGGCGCUGUCCGGAUUCAACGUGUUCAGAACAAUAUCCGUGUAGUGUGUUCAGACGCAUGGCUAGUACAUGCUUCAUCAUAUGUAAAAUAUAUAAUUCCCAAUGUACCUUGCCCUUGAGGAACUUCUAUAGACCUUUUCACUAUGAAGUCACACAUACUUCAGCAGUAGUCACUUUUAUGCCACCCGGAAGUGUCUUAGCUCCUCUUAACAAACAUGAAAUGCUCUAUAAUGGACUUAUUUUUGACAGAUGCAACCAAAUAUAGCUGCCAUGUGUCAGCUUUUCCACUAAACCUUACGACUGUAGUUUACAGAUGUGUUUUAAGCACUAUUGCAUGCUUAAGAUAAAAUGUGUGAAGGUGAAAGAACAUAGAGAAAACAAAGCUUAUGCUCAUUUGAUAUCCCAAAUAGUUUUAUUGUUUCAUUGUAAACCACAGGACAUUAAAUGCCAGCAAGUUCAAUGGAUAAACACAAAAAAAUAUUU